CUCCGUCUGAGUGCCCGACCAUAUCCCACCACCAGCAGCAGCACCAGCACCAGCAGCAACAGCAGCGGCACCAGCAUCCCCGAGGCCGAGCCCCUUUCCCCUCCUUCCCUCUCCCCGACCCCCGCUCCAUAUCCAGCGACCGCCAUGCCAAAGGAUUCAUAUGCCCUGGUGCCUGUUAACGCACCGGACGAUCUGGACGAUCUGAUCCAGCCCGAGGAGGAUGGCGAUGCCGGCCACAUCCCUGCCGAUACAGUCUCGUCGCCGCAUCAGGGCCAUGGCCAGUCGAACUUGGAGGCUCUCUAUCACAUCAUAUGCAUGAUCGCCGGCUCAGGAGUGCUCCAGCUGCCAUAUGCGCUGAACCAAGUCGGUUGGAGCGGCCUUGUGGUGAUCAUGUUCACCGCCGCAGCCAACGAUUACACAGGCAAGCUGCUGAUCAAGUCACUCUAUUACAAAGGGUCCUCGCGCAUGGAGAGCUAUCCGCUUGUCGGCCACGCAGCGUACGGCCUACUUGGCAUGCGGCUAAUUGAAAUAUUCAGCAGUGUCAUGCUUCUGGGGGCCACCUGUGUCUACUUGAUCCUGGCGGGCAUCAACUUUGAACUCCUCAUUGGAGUCUUCUCUGCCCGAGUCUGGAUCAUCCUCAGUGCUGUCCUGAUUGCGGUUCCGCUCCUGUGCUUCCGCACUCUCAAGGAGAUUGCAAUCUUCAGUGCCUUCGGCGUGUUCGCUUCGAUCCUGGUCAUCUUUGUGGUGCUGUGGUGCGCCGUCGAGGACUACAGCAGCUACUCGACGCAAGUCACCCACAAAGUCUUUGAUCUGGCGCUGCUGCCCUCGGCCCUGGGCUCCGUGAGCUUCUCGUACGGAGGAAACUAUAUUUACCCCGAAGUCGAGGCGUCAAUGAAAGACCCAAGCAAGUUCCCUGCUGUGCUCAACGUCUCCAUGAUCGUCAUCACAGUGAUGUACGUCUUCACGGCCACAACCGGAUACCUUACCUACGGCGACAGGACUGUCUCGCCCAUCCUAAACAACUUGCCCAAAGGGUUCCUUUCAUCGUUUUCGAGUUGGAUCAUCACGGCGCAUGUCUUGCUGGCGUGUCCACUGAUGUUGACGACAUUUUCGCUCGAGCUCGAGCGGCGCUUCGGCUUCGAUGCCAGCACCCGCACCACGCAACAGAAACGGGCUCCGAUCCUUGUCAUCCGCAGCAGCAUCGUCGUAGUGCUCGCCCUGAUCUCGAUCGUGAUCCCGUUCUUUGCCGAUGUCAUGACGCUGCUGGGAGCCGUCGCCAAUACGCUGCUGGUCUUUGUGUUCCCAGUCCUCUUUGACUUUCGCCUCUUUGGCUUCCGCAAUCGCUCGCCCUUUGAAAAGGGCAUCGGGAUCCUGAUCUUGCUUGUUGGAACGCUCGGCGGGUGUGUUGGCGGCUUUGAUGCCCUCCGCGCUCUCUGGAACGACAUUACAACGGCGCCCUAGUGCCGAGGCAGCAUGUCCAGGAGACGGCUUACCCUGUCAAGCAGCGAUCGCACAUCUAUGGGACAACACGAGCAGGCGGUGUUUGCAGAUGAUAAUGGCCGCGUUGAUCGGGAUUCCGGUUCUCGAUGAUGCAUGCAGGACUUCGUAUAUCUGUUUCGACAAACACGUCUCGCUCUGCGGCCAUUAUGGCCACCGU